CAACCAAAAGCAUAUUCUCCUCCAGAUCUAUAUACCCACCCCACCACAUAUAUAGACACCCCCACUACCAAACCCUAAACCUCUUUUCUCGCAUCUACUGAAGAGGCUCACUUUCUGCCUCUCUUCUCUGCUCAGAGCUUAUCGCCGUUACAAACUUGGAGUGAGCAAGUUCCAACUGUGCAGCCAUGGCUCUGGUUUUGCACUCUGGAAGUAACAACAAAAAUGCCGUAAAGGCACUCAUUGCUGCUGAGUACACAGGUGUAAAGGUUGAACUUGCAAAGAAUUUCGAGAUGGGUGUAUCAAACAAGACACCUGAGUUUGUCAAGAUGAAUCCAAUUGGAAAGGUUCCUGUGCUUGAAACACCUGAUGGACCUGUUUUUGAGAGCAAUGCUAUUGCACGCUAUGUAACUAAAUUGAAGCCCGACAAUCCUCUCUUUGGCUCUUCGUUGAUCGAAUAUGCUCAAAUCGAGCAAUGGAAUGAUUUUUCUGCCACUGAGAUUGAUGCAAACAUUGGGCAAUGGUUGUACCCACGUCUUGGCUAUCGUGUAUUCAUUCCUCCAGCCGAGGAAGCUGCAGUAGCUGCAUUAAAGAGAGCUCUUGGUGCUUUAAACAUCCAUCUUGCAUCUAACACUUACUUGGUUGGACAUUCAAUCACAUUGGCCGACAUAAUAAUGGCCUGCAACUUGAGCCAUGGUUUUAGGUAUAUAAUGACUAAGAGCUUUACCAAGGAAUUCCCACAUGUAGAGAGAUACUUCUGGACUGUGGUUAAUCAGCCGAAUUUCUGCAAGAUAUUGGGUGAGGUGAAACAAGCUGAAUCUAUCCCAGAUCCCCCAUCCAAGAAGCCUGCACCAGCAAAGGAACCUGCAAAACCCAAAGCAAAGGAGGAGCCAAAGAAAGAGGUUAAGAAGGAAGAACCAAAGCUUGAAGACGAGGAAGAAGCACCCAAGCCUAAGGCAAAGAAUCCUCUUGAUCUGUUGCCUCCAAGUAAGAUGAUUCUGGAUGAGUGGAAGAGGCUUUACUCCAACACCAAGACCAACUUCCGCGAGGUUGCCAUUAAAGGUUUCUGGGACAUGUAUGAUCCCGAAGGAUAUUCUCUCUGGUUCUGUGAUUACAAGUACCAGGAUGAGAACACAGUGUCCUUUGUUACAUUGAACAAGGUUGGUGGUUUUCUGCAGAGAAUGGAUCUGGCACGCAAGUACGCAUUUGGUAAGAUGUUGGUAAUUGGUUCUGAGGCCCCAUAUAAGGUGAAGGGUUUGUGGCUUUUCCGUGGAAAAGAAAUUCCCAAGUUUGUUAUGGAUGAAUGCUAUGACAUGGAGCUCUAUGAAUGGAAGGAAGUAGACAUCAACGAUGAAGCACAGAAGGAGCGUGUCAACCAAAUGAUUGAGGAUUACGAGCCCUUCGAGGGAGAGGCUCUGUUGGAUGCUAAGUGCUUUAAGUAAACAUUGUAUUGUAUUUGGCAAUGUUUCCUUUCGCCUGAGGUUGUAGUUUACCUUGAUUUUGUCCUCCCAAAUUUACUUAGAUUCUUGUUUAAAAAACUAUCUUGUCUUCCUUGGAGAAAUUGUUAUCUCUGUAGUGUGUUUUUGAAAAUUAUCAAUUUUGACAUAGUGAACUGGGAUACAUUCGUGGUUGAAUUAUGUUAUCCUUUUCCAAGUAAAGCAGUUGUGGCAGUGAUGUGAUCCA